UCCUAGAAUCUCUGAGUCAAGGCCAGCACUGGUGGGGAGCUCUCUGGGUGCCGUGGUGAGGUGGGCAUGGGAGAGCAAGCCCAGCUGACCAGAGACCCCGUUUUCUUUCAGACUGCGGGGGCAGGCAGGGGGACCCCCCAGCUGGGCAGAGGGAUGCAGUUCUUCGGCCGCCUGGUCAACACCCUCAGUAGCGUCACCAACCUGUUUUCCAACCCCUUCCGGGUGAAGGAGGUGCCCGUAGCCGACUACGCCACCUGCAGCCGGGUCUGCGAGGAGGGCCAGCUCGUCCUGUUCCACAACGUGCCCAACCAUACCUGGGACUGCAUCCUGGUGAACCCCAGGAACUUACAGAAUGGAUUCCGACUCUUCCAGCUGGAGGUCGAGGCAGACUCGCUAGUGAGCUUCCAGCAGUACAGUGCGCAGCUGCCGCCCUUCUACGAGAGUUCCGCGCAAGCGCUGCACCUCGAGACCCUGCAACACCUCACGGACCUGGUCCGCAGCCACCCCAGUUGGUCAGUGGCACAUCUGGCCGUGGAGCUGGGCAUCCGAGAGUGCUUCCACCACAGCCGCAUCAUCAGCUGCGCCAACAGCAAGGAGAACGAGGAGGGCUGCACCCCGCUACACCUGGCCUGCCGCAAAGGCGACAGCGAGGUCCUGGUGGAGCUGGUGCAUUACUGCCACGCACAGCUGGAUGUCACCGACAACAACGGGGAGACAGCUUUCCACUACGCCGUCCAGGGGGACAGUUCUCAGGUGCUGCAGCUCCUAGGGAAGAAUGCCUCGGCCGGCCUGAACCAGGUCAACAACCAGGGCCUCACCCCGCUGCAUCUGGCCUGCCAGCUGGGCAAGCAGGAGAUGGUGCGUGUGCUGCUGCUGUGCAAUGCCCGCUGCAACAUCUUGGGCCCCACUGGCUACCCCAUCCACACCGCCAUGAAGUUCUCGCAGAGGGGGUGUGCUGAGAUGAUCAUCAGCAUGGACAGCAACCAGAUCCACAGCAAGGAUCCUCGCUAUGGCGCCAGCCCACUCCAUUGGGCCAAGACCGCUGAGAUGGCCCGCAUGCUGCUGAAGCGGGGCAGCGAUGUCAACAGCACCAGCUCCACCGGGAACACUGCGUUGCACGUGGCCGUGAUGCGGAACCGCUUCGAGUGCGUCAUGGUGCUGCUGACACACGGGGCCCAUGCGGGUGCCCGGGGGGAGCAUGGGAACACUCCGCUGCACCUUGCUAUGUCGAAAGACAAUGUUGAGCUGGUCAAGGCCCUCAUUGUGUUUGGGGCAGAAGUUGACACCCCCAAUGACUUUGGGGAGACGCCUAUGUUUAUGGCCUCCAAGGUCCACAAAGAACUGCAGGACAUUCUGCACAUCUCCCGAGCCCGGAAACCCGCCUUUAUCUUGAGUUCCAUGAGGGACGAAAAGCGAAGCCACGACCACCUGCUGUGCCUGGACGGGGGCGGCGUGAAGGGCCUGGUCAUCAUCCAGCUGCUGCUGGCCAUCGAGCGGGCCUCGGGCAUCGCCACCAAGGACCUGUUUGACUGGGUGGCAGGCACCAGCACGGGUGGCAUCCUGGCCCUGUCCAUCCUGCACGGCAAGUCCAUGGCCUACAUGCGGGGCGUGUACUUUCGCAUGAAGGAUGAGGUAUUUCGGGGCUCACGGCCCUACGAGUCGGGGCCCCUGGAAGAGUUCCUGAAGCGGGAGUUUGGGGAGCACACCAAGAUGACGGAUGUCAAGAAGCCCAAGGUCAUGCUCACGGGGACGCUGUCCGACCGGCAGCCAGCCGAGCUUCACCUCUUCCGCAACUACGAGGCCCCCGAGGUUGUGCGCGAGCCCCGAUUCAGCCAGAACAUCCACCUGAAGCCCACAACGCACCCCUCCGAGCAGCUGGUAUGGCGGGCAGCCCGGAGCAGCGGGGCAGCCCCCACCUACUUCAGGCCCAACGGGCGCUUCCUGGAUGGGGGGCUGCUGGCCAACAACCCCACGCUGGACGCCAUGACUGAGAUCCAUGAGUACAACCAGGACUUGAUCCGCAAGGGCCAGGGAAGCAAGGUGAAGAAACUCUCCGUGGUGGUGUCUCUGGGGACAGGACGGUCUCCCCAAGUGCCCGUGACCUGCGUGGACAUCUUCCGCCCCAGCAACCCCUGGGAACUGGCCAAGACAGUUUUUGGGGCCAAAGAACUGGGCAAGAUGGUUGUGGACUGUUGCACAGACCCUGAUGGACGCGCUGUGGACCGGGCCCGCGCCUGGUGCGAGAUGGUGGAAACCCAGUACUUCAGGCUGAAUCCGCAGCUGGGCACGGACAUCAUGCUGGAUGAAGUGAGCGACGCAGUCCUGGUUAAUGCCCUGUGGGAGACCGAGGUCUACAUCCACGAGCACCGAGACCAGUUCCAGAAGCUUGUUCAGCUGCUGCUGUCGCCCUGAGCUGGGCCCCCCCCUUUCCUGCGUGUCCCUGCGCCCCUCCAAUGACAUUUCGGGGCUCAGGAGUCUCCCCAGCCUUGCUGUCGCCCUGACCAGCAGGACACUAACCCCAUGUCUUACACUCCAGGCCCGGCUGCGCCCCUGCCCAGCCUCCCUGAGGAUCUAUGGGGGAUCAGAGUCUGGGCCAGCAACCCCCCUAGUUUGUGGGGAGUACAGGCUGGGGCAUGGGGCACCCAUUCAACUUUGCCCUUCGACACACCCUCCGCCUGUACCCCUCCAUCCACCCCGCCCUUGGCUCUCCACAACUCUCAAAGGUUGUCUCUGUUGACAGGUGCUGGAUGGGGAGGGAUCCCGGGGCUGGUGCCCCCAAACUGUGAAAUAAACCGUUGUGUGAUUCUG